AAUUCGAGCCACUUGAGUUGUUGAAGUUCACGAAGCCAUCAAUCAAGCACGCUCUUCAGUAUGAAUCCAUUCAGGGGCACGCGAUGGCCAUCCUCCGGAACAUUGUAGGAAACAAAAAGGUGCUGGUGGCAUGCCUGCUGGGAGCGGUGAUCACCGUUUGCGCCAUCACGAUCCCGGUUGUAAUUGUCACAUCGUACGACGAUGUAAAAGAAGAUGCGCAGGCGUUUGCCGGUCGGGAUGUCCUGGACGAGGUUCCGCUGAUCGAUGGCCACAACGACCUCCCGUUCAACAUCUACAAGGUGGAGCGCAACCUGCUGGCCAACUUCGACCUCGACUCUAACCUGAAGCAACACCCGGUGUGGGGUAAAACCGAAUCCAGCCACACCGACCUGCCCCGACUUCGGCAGGGUAAGUUGGGCGCGCAGUUCUGGGUGGCGUACAUCCGCUGUGCCGACACGCAGUACAAGGACGCCGUAGCGCGAACCAUGGAGCAGAUCGACGUCGCCAAGCGGGUGAUCGCCAAGUACCCGGACGAUCUGAAGUUUGUGACGAGCGCGGACGGGAUCGAGGAGGCGUUCCGCGAGAAGAAGAUCGGGUCGCUGUUGGUGGUCGAGGGAGGUCACUCGAUCGACUCGCGGUUGGCGGUUCUGAGGUUGUUCUACGAACUUGGGGUUCGCUACAUGACGUUGACGCACUCGUGUAACACGCCUUGGGCGGACGCCUCGCCGAUCGAUGACGAGAUCGAGCCACAGCUGAACAACCUGUCUGACUGGGGUCGCAACGUGAUCUGGGAGAUGAAUAGGUUAGGGAUGAUGAUUGACAUUUCGCACGUGAGCUACGGAGUCAUGCGGGACGCCAUUAGGUAUAGCAAGGCUCCGGUGAUCUUCAGUCACUCCUCGUCGCAUAAGGUGUUCCAGCAUCACCGGAACGUGCAGGACGAUGUUUUGAGGGAGUUGAUCGAGAACGGAGGGAUUGUGAUGGUCAACUUUUACCCACUAUUUGUGGGUGGAAAUACCAUCGACAACGUAGUUAAACACUUCAACCACAUCAAGUCGGUAACGGGGCCGGAUCACAUCGGGAUCGGGGGUGACUACGACGGUGUGGGCCAGACUCCGGAAGGUCUGGAGGACGUGUCCAAGUAUCCGGAUCUGUUUGACAUGCUGGCCGAAGGGAAGUUUAGGUCGGGUGAGACGUUUACUCCGUGGACGCGGGAGGAGUUGCGAAAGCUGGCUGGACUUAACCUGUUGAGGGUGUUCAAAGCGGUUGAGCGAGUUCGGGACGAAAUGGUGGAGGUUCCUCCGUACGAAGAUUUGAUACCUUUCGCCGAGUUUGAGAAGGCUGGAGUUGGGGAUCAACCGUGCAUGACGAACAUGAACGUUCACAAAGAAUAAAUAAUUUUAAAUUAUUU